AUAUUACCGCGCUGCCAGCGAUCGUCACUGUACGUCGCCGACUGUCAUCGUAAGAUUCAUUCAUCAAGUUCAAACGUUGCAUGUUAUUUAACUUUAAGCUGUCCUUGAAGUUGAGCUACAUACUGAUAUCUGGAAGCUUGUGACCAUGUCAUCAUUGAGUAAUCCUCCACAAAUCUAUGAUGCUCUCUGGGAAGAUAGAGACGUCAGGUUUGACAUCAGCACAUCGCAGAUGAAUAUGCGAUCUGGGGAGAAGCGGAUUGACCUGUUAGACUCAGUCGAAGACACCAAAGGAAAUAAUGGAGACAGAGGUCGUUUGAUUGUAACUAACCUGAGGCUCAUCUGGCAUUCCCACACAUUACCAAGGGUUAACUUGUCGGUCGGUUAUACAUGCAUCAUCAACAUCACUGUAAGAACUGCUCACUCGAAACUGCGAGGUCAGACAGAAGCUUUGUACAUCUUGACUCGAUGUAACAACACUCGGUUUGAGUUCAUCUUCACCAGUCUGGUACCUGGCUCACCUAGGCUGUUCACCACUAUCAUAUCAGUGCACAGAGCCUACGAGACAUCCAAGCUGUAUCGAGAUCUCAAGUUAAGAGGAGCCAUUAUUCACAAUAAGAACCUGCGUUUGUUACCGCUGGAGCAGGUGUAUGAUAAAGUCAAUGGUGUUUGGAAUCUAUCUAGUGAUCAGGGUAACCUAGGCACCUUCUAUAUCACCAAUGUGCGACUAGUUUGGCAUGCCAACAUGAAUGAAUCAUUUAACGUCAGCGUGCCAUAUCUGCAAAUGAAAAGUGUCAAGAUCCGAGAUUCCAAGUUUGGUGUGGCACUCGUUCUUGAAUCUUCUGUCCAGAGUGGCAACUAUGUCCUAGGUUUCCGCAUCGACCCAACAGAGAAGCUACAUGAGGUUGUCAAGGAGAUUCAGAGCCUACAUCGUGUCUACAGCUCAAGUCCCAUCUUCGGUGUAGAGUUUGAAACGGAGGAUCGUCCACAGUCACUGGAGGAAUCGACUAUUGAGAACCAGACAGAUGAUGUGGAUAUCGUCACUGAGGAUGAACAGUCAGACGCGUUUGCUGCGUACUUUGCUGAUGGAGACAAGCAGAAAGACAGGCCACCAGUCUACUGUGAGGAACUCGGCCUGGCAAUUGAGAAACUCAAAGAUGGAUUCACGCUGUCCAACUUAUGGGAGGUGGUGGAACAGAAAUAAGUACAUGUAGUUUGACCCAAGAAGCAUUGAGUUUUUGAUGCUGGUGUGAACACUGCCUCAAACACUCGGUUUCUAACUCAUAUUAUAGAGUCAAGAAACAGCCAGUGUGGUGUUGUCUUUAUGACCUCAGCAUGGGGUCAAUUUAUUUACAUGCACACAGGCACUGUAUUUGAUGUUUGUGCGCUUUAAAAAAGUAGGCCAAUCCGAUUUCAAGGAAGGCGAUAUCAUCAAGGCACAUUAUUUGUGUCAAGGUAAUAAAUUCAGUUUUGCAAAUACAUGUACAUCUACUAGGAUCUCAUUUGUUUGAAUUUGUUUCUUGUCAUCACCAGAAAUACUUCAUUAAUUGGUAAGACUAGAUGUAUAUGUUUUUAUGUGCACAUGUUCUAAAAGAGUGUAUAUUUGAAAUUAUGUGAAUAACCUUGUAGAUGAACAGUGAACAGUUAGAUGCCAUUUGCAUAUUGUGCCAUAGGAAGCGGCGUAGUCAAGGGAGACAUGGGGAGUGCUUCCCCCCCCCCC